AUGUCGCUUUCUUUGGGAGUAGCUUCCCCAGAACAGCCUGUGGCCUCUGUGACGAAAACGCUUGCUAAGUUGUGUUCAAUCGCUUCGAAUCGCUCGUGUGCCGACUGCCGUGUUACGUUAAUAGAUUCCUCCCAAGUGCACGCUUCCUUUAAUCCCAAAAUCGAACUGCCUUCAAGCCAAUACAAUAAUUUUCGGCUCAAUCAUGUCAAUUUCGCCCCUCCUAACUAUUCUCCUUCAAAAAUACCGGAAACUCUCGACCCACCGGUUGACCCGAGCCUUGUCGCGGCUUCCUACGUCGGCGGACACGGCGUAUUCGUAUGUGCCCUCUGCGGAGCAGCGCACAAGCUCCUCGGUAGAAGCAUUACCGUUGUUUACGCUGUCCAAGAUUCUUCCACUUGGAGUGUUGAAGAGGUUCAGCUCUUGGUCAAAGGCGGCGGAAAUAAUCGGGCACGAUCUGUUUUAGAAGCGCAUAUACCUCACUCGUGGAAGCAGAAACGACCAAAUGCCGACAGUACAAUAGCGGAUCGUCUAACAUUCGUGCGAGCGAAAUACGAGGCGCUCGCAUUUGUGUUACCCCCAUCGGGUCCGUUUGCGAACCGGGCUUGGAGGGCGAUUCUGGAUCGCCACCAGGAUGAAUGGGAAGGCAAUUGGGGUGCUGAUUUACAUUCGUUCUCAGAGCUGCAGUUGGGAGAGUCGCAUUCUCAGCGUGCCUCGCGCAAUUUGAUGCAGUCAGUCGAAAACGGGAAUCGUGAAUCGAUCCUUCCUAACAGAUUGGUAGACUAUUUUUGUGUGGUGACCCCUUCUGAAUUCGUAAUUCCUGAUAUGUUGGGCUUGGACCUUUCGGAGCUAUCAUCUCCGGAGGAUGUAUUGCUGGUUCCCGAGGUAACUGACUGCUUUCCGAAUCAGGAAGCUCACGCAGAUACUGAAUUUCCCAAACACAUUGGCUCACUUGUCGUGCCCGAUGGCUGCCGACCGAGUCUUACCCCACGGCCACCAUCCUUCUUCUCCUUUGUAUUGACGUGUGGCGACGGCGUACGCCUUUAUGGCGGCGCCCUUUGCCUGUACGAUAAUGAUUCUGACGUAGAAAAUCUUAAGGAAAAGUUUCGAAUCUCUGGCUAUGAAGGACAGCUGCCAGGAUGGAUGGGAUCAGAAAGGUCGCGUUUGGUGCAUGAUCAAGAUACCAGGAGCUCUUCUUUCCAGUCCGAAUCUGAUGUCUAUGUGGAUGUCGUUUACUUUCCCAAGGUGCUAGUUGUCGUAUCGCAUUAUCCGUUUUUCGACGUCUGGAGAAAAUUUUUGUUACAAAUUUACCGAAUUGCGUUGGUCGGAGCCCCGUUGCCUAUUGAACGCUUCAUCGCCAACUUUGUAGGCGAAGUGCCGCUGCCCCCGCCGGGCAAAAUUCUGGUCAAAUUUGGUUUAACAGUGAACGACACCUGGAGUAUUGGACGACCUCCAGAGAAUCAGCUACCACUUGCUGAUUUUUCUUUUCAGCCACUUUUUGCUGCGCUGUCGGUUUCGAACGUCAUGGUGGUGAUAGGAUGCUUGCUGGAAGAGGGACGAGUCGCUUUACUGUCGAGGCAUUACGCCAUGUUAGCACCUACGGCAGAAGCGCUUGUGAGUCUUUUAUUUCCGUUCCACUGGCAAGGCAUGUACCUUCCAGUCUUACCGUACAAUAUGAUUGACAUCUUGGGCGCCCCUGUUCCAUUCUUGGUUGGUUUGCAUUCACGAUAUCUCGUCGAUGUACCAGCCGGGUCAAGACCACGCGGUGUCGUUUUUGUGGAUCUCGACCGUGAUGUCAUUCACUUGGGCUAUGAAUAUGACGAAGUAACUCCACGCUCCAGUCCAGCCCUUCCUGAACGACAGGCUUUGAAGCUUAAGUCAAAGUUGGAAACGCAUGCGUCUGUAGCGUACGUUGAAUGCGAUUCUGUGUUCUCUGCAGCAGCAACGAAGGCGGCAACAAUUCUUACUGGCAAUGAAGAAGAGCUCCACAAUAGCUACAGGGAUCCAUACGCUCGAGCUUCGAAAUCCGAAUCAUGCCCGACUUCAGUGCGUAGGAAAGAUAUUUUUGGAAGACUGGACAGAGCCUACGCAGACAACGAGUUACAAGUUCCAAUCUCCGGCUUUCUUUCGGAGCAUGGACAGUUCUAUGAGCAAGAUGCGUCGUCGACUCCGGAUUCCAAAGGACAGCGCUUCAAAUUUUUGCGCGCCGUGCGUCCGAGAGGAGGACUGAAAUCAAAGAUAUCAGCGGAUUCCUCGGGUAGCGAAAGGUUUCAUGUCACUGGUUCACCUGGGACAAAGUUGUUGGACAAGGAUGAUCCAUCUGGGUUUGACUCUUCCGAGAUUCGAAAUGCAUUUCUCCGGCUUUUCGUUUCGAUAUUCCAAUCUUACCGCCACUAUCUCGACAAAAAUGGUUUUCGUUCCGAAGCGUUUAUUGAUUCGUUAAACUGUUCAGAGAGGAGCUCAGAGUUUCUUCAUUGUGUGGUGAAAACACAGUUUUUCUCAAGGUUUUUGGAUGAACGGAUCCAAAAUCCUAGCGAUCCAGAAAUCCGUUUCUUCGACGAAUCCAUUAUCGCAAAGAUAAAUCGGUCAAAAAAACAGACUUUCUCCAAAAUUGGACGGGGCGGCGGGAAAAGGGAAACGUCCUUUCUAAAGGAUGAUUCAAAUAUGGUCAAUGAGACGUUCACACCCCCUCCUCCCUCAAACUGGGGUUUACCCGAUGAUGGUCGCACCUAUCACUACGGUUCCUUUCCUGCGUUGAACCCUGAGCUAUUCGGUAAGGUUCGCCGUCCGAUGAAAUGGCCCCGUUAUGAUCAAAGAUCAUCGGUUCGAACGUCUCGUAGAAUCUCCGCACUUGCGCAGGCAAAUGAGAAGGCUUUUGUUGCGAGAGCAUUAAAGCCCGUGUCGAAAACCCCAAAAAUGUUGAUGGCAGAGACAAAGCGGGGUGUGAAAAACCUCGAUACUGCAUUAUCUGCUUUGUCAAGCCCAUUUGUUCCAUCUUCCCCAAUGCGAGAGACCAAUCGCGAAAGGAGAGCGACUGGUAGCUCUGACUUCUCAAUGAGUGAUAUUUCACUGUCGAGUGCACUUGUUAUGAGGGAUGAUAUUGUAUCUACUGCAGAAGGAGUAGUUCUCAACGCACGACGGAAGCAGGCAAUUCUACUUGGCAUUAUCAUAAAACUGCAAACACAUUGCAGAUUGCAUCUUGUCCUUAAAAAGGAUCAUCAGAGGGAAAGUUUCAGAGUGAGCGCUGAAGGUGAUCGUAGCAAUUUGGAGACCAAUGCAAUUAUUUGUCUGCAGAAGUGGUACCGAGUGCUAUCGGUGGGUCGUUCCACCAGAGAAUGGUUCCGUAAACUUCGUUUUGCUACAUGCAGAAUGCAAUCCCUUACGCGUGACCGAAUGGUGCGUGCCGGCUUCUUGUUAUUGGUUACAGCCAUUUGUAGGGCGCAAGCACGUAUCCGAGGUUUUCAAACUCGAAAAAUCGUUGCAUCCAUUGUUGAGCACCGGCUUCGUACCUAUAGAGAACACAUCUUCUUGCUUUGGAAGGCUUCGCAUACACCUUUGAGCUAUCGAUGCAAGUUUUGGCCAAUACUGAAAGUCGAAAGCUAUCUGCGCGUGCAGAUGGCUGAGGCGGAGGUACAUCGACUGUGGUCAAAGUUGAAUAUACCUUUGCCAACGAGCAUGAAGAAUUUGAGUACAGAGCAGCCAAAGAUCGUAAAGUCCGCUUCUUUGUUGCGCAUGAACUUUGAAACGCAUUGGGCUUGCAUUAUUUUGAACAUUGAGAAGCCAAUACUAAUUUUAGAUUUUUCCCAAAAGGGCAACAGUAAAGUAACAGCUGGACCAGAGGCCCAACGCAUCAAUUCAGAACGGGUUCAAAUUUACGACCGAAUUUCGGCUUUGAAGCUCGAGCAGCAGCUGGCCCUAUUUGAUAGAUUCAGCGUCCCGUUGAAGGGCAAGAGAAAGAAGUUAGCGCUGGCGGUGUCGAUUUGGCACGCCACUAAGCUUGCAGACGAAUCGACGGCUCUCAUGCUGACUCUCUUUACAGAAUUGAAUGACUCCACAAAUAUUAACUUUAAAGCGCCCACAAAGAAGAGUUUGCGACGAUUUCCUCCAUCUCCCGCAAUCACUCCUUUGAAAAGGGCAUUGUGGGCCCACGUGGCUUUGGAAGACCGUAUCCGUUUGAACACUUUAGAGGUUGCUAGGAUAGGACUUCAUGAUAUCCCUCGCCUCUCACAUAAGGUUGUCGGAAACAAUGCAGUGCAAACGUCGGGGAAAAACCGCUUGGAGCUCAUGAGGCGUGUCCUGAAUUGUGGGGCUUCAGGAGUCAAUACGGGCGAAACAAAAUCACUGCAGGCUAGGCACCUUUUCAAACCUCCCGCAAUGUUCAAUAGGAGCCACGCAUCAAAAUCUGAUAGUAUCCGCGAAGUUGAGUAGUAUCUAGGACUUCGAUUCCAUAAUAUCAUCAAUAUAACUCAAAUAAAACCUUUGGAUGUUAGUGAAUGUAGAAUAAGCUAGGAGCUUCACUCCCUGGAUAGGGGCUCAUUCAUUCCAAUGUAUUCUUUCGGAGCGAAAUCACUGACGUUUGAUCAAAACCAGCGCGUUCUACGGCGCUCACCAACGCGGCAAUCUGCUUCUCGAUCUCGUCCUCAGAAUCAACUCGGAGACGCACGGUUGCUUGUCCACCUUUAGUACCAAGAGGCUUGAGCGCCGAAAAAGCAUCCACAACGCUGGUAGUAGAUAGCAAACUCCGAUCGAUCGUAUUGAUGCAAGCGACACACCCCAUGGUAGGAAUAUCAAGCUCGACUUCGAUAUCUAUUUUACCCAAAACGUUGCUUUUCUGUGACUCUUCUUUGUAUGUGUUCCAAAACUGUAGCCCUUCGGGAAACAAGGCCAACGACCAACGCAUGGUGGAUAUCACAGCCCAAUUCGGAGCAUAGCGAGUAGUUGCUGUCAAGUAAACCAACAAGGAAAGAAAGAACGGACGAAUAGGCCCCAGGAUUGUAUUAAAUCCUGCGCACCCACCAACCACUAUGUUUAUAAGCAAUUGAAGCAUACAACAAGAGCUUGCAAGGAGCGGUAAAACCAUGUCGCUCGCCACAGACCGAAAACUGGGAUGCAUAGAAGAAAGAAGAUGCAACAGCGGCUCCAUGGUCGCUCCAGACAACUGGAUUAGGAAACGGGCCGAAAGAAGCGUACCCGACACGAGGGCGACUUGCUUUAGGACGCCGGGGGACCAAACCAGAUGGUAGGAGUUGUCAACCGCCAAAGCCCGAGCCCGAAUCUUCUGAAACAACGUUUUGUGAGAAUUUGGAGUCGCUCGAGAAGAGUGGUUGUCACGGGAAGCGCGAAGAGUAAUCAAAUUAUCAUUUGAUCGACAUACUUGGCUUUGCUGGCUGGUUGGGAAAGCUACAUCAGCGUGCACUUGGUGUUUUUGGCGGUCACACCAGUAUCCCCGAGAGACAGCGAAACAAAUGAGCCACAACGACCGACGCAUUUGGAAAAAAUUAUUGAAAUUUUUUUGUUGUUAGGCG